CCCACAGCUCCCCACAGGCCCCCAGCCCGUGCUCCCGGUGCCGCAGCUCUGCGCCCGCUCCUGCUGCUCCCAGCUCAGAGAAACCCCCUGAAAUCCUGACCUCCUUCUUUUCCUGUCCUGGAAAACUGGGAUACAAAGGAUCUGAGUCAGCUGGCAAAUUCUGAGGAUAAGACCCUUCUGAAAAACAUCCCAAUCCUCAGUAUUUUUUUCUCUUCCCCCUCUUUUCCAUCAUCCUGUUUCUUACCCCAUAGAUUGCUCCUGCUGCUUCUUGCCUUAAGCACAUUCCUGCACACUCCCCUUCAGCCAAUCCCUUCCCAGCACACCAACACCAUCCAUCCCCUUUUGUCUAAAUCCCUUCUGGACUUCCCUUAUUGCCUUGCUGGGUGUCCAUGUCCUUAAUUCCCUCUGGGAGAAUGUGCAAACGACCUCCACAUGCUCCCAAGGGACCCUUGAGAGAUAUUUUGGGAUCCUCAUCUCUUUUGCUGGGACCCCAUUGUGGCUUUCCCUUUUGUCCCCUCCCUGGGUGCCCUGCCAUGUUUACUCCCCGAAGAUCCCACUGGAGUCACUGCUGAGAUUUUCAGUGCUCUCUCCCUGCCGACUCUUGAGAGCCCCCCUGAUCCGUCCCUCGUCUGUCUCCUGCUCACUCUCGGGUACCCAAUCAAUCCCCGGUGCCGCCGCCAGCCGAGGGAGCCGAUCCCCCAAACUGGGUGAGGCACCUUCAGCUGCACUCAGUGCCCGCCGGCCCGGACGGUGGAAGGAAUUGCAGAGGAGCCCCAAGGUGUGUGGAAAAAUUGACAUCCCCAGAGGUUUCUGUCCACAGACACAAGAUGCCCAGUGACUUUCUGAGAUGACCUUGGGCAAGGAGGAACCCCCAGCCCAAAGCACCCUCCUCUCUUUUUUUCCUCCUAAUCCGGAAUUUUCAUUCCCAAACUCGGUCCAGAUGGAGGAGGAGGAGAAAAAGCCCCAGAGAUGCCGCACGAGGUGGGGCUGCAAACCCAGUCCAGGGAGCUGCGAGGAGGAAAGAUCCCCCCAGUUCCAGGAACACGGCCAGAGAUCCAGCCAGAGCUCAGAGCUGGGGGAGAAGCCCCACAAGUGCUUGGAAUGUGGGAAGGGCUUCAGAAAGAGCUCUAGCCUGAUCCAGCACCGGAGGAUCCACACUGGGGAAAAGUCCUACGAGUGUGGGGAAUGUGGGAAGAGCUUCAACCACGGCUCCAGCCUGUGGAAACACCAGAGGAUCCACACUGGGGAACGACCUUAUGAGUGUGGGAAAUGUAGGAAGAGCUUCAGAGAGAUCUCUCACCUGAUGACACACCAGGUGAUCCACACAGGGGAACGGCCCUACACCUGCUUGGAAUGUGGGAAGAGCUUUGGGUGGAGCUCCUACCUGAGGGCACACCAGCGCAUCCACACUGGGGAGAGGCCCUACGAGUGUCCCCAGUGUGGGAAGAGGUUUCAGACCAGCUCCCAUGUCCUCCAACAUGAGCGGAUUCACACAGAGGAGAGGCCCUUCCGCUGCCCCGACUGCGGGAAGGGCUUCAAGCACAGUUCCCACCUCACUGUCCACCGGCGCAUCCACAGUGGGGAGAGGCCCUACGAGUGUCCCCAGUGUGGGAAGAGCUUCUCACAGAGCUCAGCCUUGACCCAACACCAACGGAGGCACCAGUAAGGGAAGCCCUGCGAGUGCCCCGAGUGCAGGAAGAGCUUCGUGCGCUGCUCCAGCUCCAUCCCCCAUGGGAGGAUCGGCGUUGGAUGAUCCCCAGUGACCCCCGUUGGGCAGAGCCCUGGUGAUCCGUGGUCCUGGUGAUCCGUGUUGGGAAGACACCUGGCUGGGAGGCUCCACAUCUUCCUGGCUCCCUGUGGGCACCUGGAUGAACACAGGGGAAUGAAAAUCCAACAGGAUACAGAAUGACAAUGGGAAUUGUUGACUUUCAAUCCUCCAGAACCUUUUGCCCCUGCUUCAGGAGCUGUGUGGGCAGAGAAAAGGGGAUGACACCGGGCUUGGGGGGCCCCGAGGGGAGCACACACGCUCUCUGGAAGAGAGGACACCACCCCCGGGACCCCCCCUCACCUUCCUGCACAGGCAGAAGCCGAGCCCCAUCUCCAGGAAGAUGAAGCCCAACACGGAGACUCCAAUCCCCAUCAGCCUCUUGCUGUGGGCAGCGUUUGACAGCAUCCCUGGGGGGUCUGCAGAGGUCAGGACCCCCAAAACUUCUCACAGACACCCCAAGCCCCUCCAAGGACCCUUCCAAUAUCUCCCAGCCCUCCCAGGACCCUCUGAAACCUUCUUUGGAGUCACUGAUUUUAAAAAAAUCAGGUAUUUUAGAAAAAUUGGAGAUCUUAGCUAGAGAUAGGCCUUGCUGGAACUAGUUAGAGUUAAUGAUUGAGUGAGAAGCAGGAUUUGAGAUAAUCAAUCUCAGACUUAGGUAAAAAAUUCCUUUUCAUUGUAUGUUUGUUCAGCUGUGCUUAUAAUGAGAAAAGAGAAACUGAUAAACGGGUUCAGGAAGAUCACAGACCUUACAUCUGGAAACCCAUUUCAAAGUCACAAGGAAGGAAACUGGAGUUGUACCAAAUGUCAUUUGUAAUGUCAACCAUUGUAAAGGUAGAAAGGUGAGAGUGAGGAAGAGCGGUUUUCCUUCAUCUCUUGAUGACCCCUCCUCACCAAAACAACCCCCUCUUCAAAUUAGGGAGCCCACCACGCAGGCAUAGUGACUUUUUAAAAUCAUUACCAUGAAUUUUAAUCCAAAGUGGAGCAUGGGAAGUGUUAGCAUUAUGAAUAUGUAUUAGUAUUAAUAUGUAUUAUUAUUUUGGAUAUUUCAGACUUUUGUAAAUAAAUAGACACUGGAAUCUUUUGUCAACUUGCAGUGCAUAUU